AGGAACGAAAUUGUAAAAAUAAUCCGUGAUCGGGUCCCGUCCGCGAACUUCUUUCCGAAACAGUGAACUUCCACCCCCAAGAACCUAAGAAGAGUCUUUCUCCGCCACAACUCAGCGGUUAAACCUGAUUGACAUCUCUGGUUCUCCAGCUCAACAGACAAAAUGAAGCACUUGGCCGCUUACCUCCUCCUCACCCUCGGUGGCAACACCGCCCCCUCUGCCGCUGAUGUCAAGGCCGUCCUUGAGUCCGUUGGCAUUGAGGCCGACUCCGAGCGCCUUGACAAGCUCAUUUCUGAGCUCGAGGGCAAGGACCUCAACGAGUUGAUCGCUGAGGGUUCCUCCAAGCUCGCUUCCGUCCCCUCCGGCGGUGCUGCUGCCCCCGCUGCCGGUGGUGCCGCUGCCGCCGCUGGUGGCGCUGCUGAGGAGAAGAAGGAGGAGAAGGUUGAGGAGAAGGAGGAGUCCGACGAGGAUAUGGGCUUCGGUCUCUUCGACUAAGCGUCUCCUACCAUUGUCCGGUAACAUGGCAUGGUAUUUUCCGAGAAACCUUGACGGAUUGUACACGCGGUUCAAAAGUCACCUGCAUCACAUUCGCCUUGACGGCGGCAGCAGAGCUGGAGUUCUUGGGAUUACAAGGGCACGUCUUUCAUAAGGGCGUCAAACGGCACAUAGGCGGAACAAUACAAGUCGCAAGGUUUUCUUCGGACCUUUUUGUCCCUUCGUGAUCAUACAUGUGCGUGCUGCGCUGUUCUGGACAUCUGCGCCUGCAGCUAAAAUUGCUGAGAAUAUGUUGCUUGAACAUGCAUGUUUGUGAGCUCUUCUUCUUUUCCGUUCCUGUUAUCGCACUGAUAUGGCGUCCCAUCGACGGCGCCCUGCGAGAACGUUGGUAAACAAAUCCCUUGAUAUUCACUUGACAUGCAG